CACCCAUAGAUAGGUGCGCAAAGCUGCGCGUCUCUGCGAUCGCAUCCUCCCAAUCGGAGCUGCGCCUCUCACAUGGGGACGCGCACACGACGGACGUAGUCUGCGAGUGGAGGGACUCCGGACGGAUUCCAGUCUUUCUAGCGCGUUGUCCGAGUCCAGGAGGGAAGAGGGCGUCUUUGGGAAUAUCGGAAGUUUCUCCAGUGCCGCCCGAACGUGUUCCACCCCGACACUUGGACGAGGACUAUGAUGGACACUUUGGCGCCGGGGCUCCUGUCCAGAAAGGCUCCGGUGUGCGUGACGCACGGCGCUGCACCGGUCAUGAGUUUUCCUGUGGCAGGACAAUCCUCUUGAUCCUCCAGGCAGAGCAAUGGUGCGCGCUGCGAGUCCUCUGAGACUGACGUGCGCACUCAUCACAUUCCGGCUCUUGCAAGAGCGCGUCUUAAAACGCUUCAUUCCCCAUUCAUGAUCAUUCUGCUGCUGCUCGGAACUUGUUGAGCGAGGGACUUGGACCUUGGAGCACAUGUGCGUUAGUUGGACCUCCACAUUUAUUGCCUCACAGGACGAGCACAAUGACUGACAGCCAGACAAGCUGAGGAAACCUGUCACACCUUGUCUUAUCAACACGUCAAAGGGCUAUCUCCCGUUUGCCCCGCUCCCCCCCUUUUUUCCACCAUCCUCCCUCCAUCUUGUCCUCUCCUCAAUGGGCUGCUAACCUUAGAGAGACAGCGCUAGUAGAAAAAGACACCUUUAAAGCAGCUUUCACAUCACCUGGAAGGCAUGUCUCCCUGCUUCCGUUGAAUAAGUUGCUGUCAGUGGAAGAAGAGACGGUUGUUGUUCGCAAGUCUUGAUAAGGAGAUCCAGAUCCCAGGGAGGAGAUCCAGAUCCCGGGAAGGAGCUGAGAUAAAGGAGCAGUCAUGCAUCUGUAUUUGGCGUUGACGCUGCAGGCGUUGUGGACGGGGGUUUGCCAAGCGGCCAUGCAGCACUACCCUGCGGCGUGGGGCCACUACGACGUGUGCAAGUCCCAGGUCUACUCGGAUGAAGGCCUCACCUGGGACUACAUGGCCUGCCAACCGGAGGCGGCUGACAUGACCCAGUACCUGAAGGUGACGCUGGAUCCGCCCAAUAUCACCUGCGGAGAUCCGCCCGAGACGUACUGCGCCCUGGAAAACCCCUACAUGUGUAAUAACGAAUGCGACGCCAGCACAGACGAGCUCGCCCACCCUCCGGAACUCAUGUUUGACAUCGAGGGCCGCAACCCGACCACGUUCUGGCAGUCCACGUCCUGGAAAAGGUACCCCAAGGCUCUCCUGGUCAACAUCACGCUCUCGUGGAACAAGACCAUCGAGCUGACCGACGACAUCGUGCUCACCUUCGAGUCAGGCCGGCCGGAACAGAUGGUUCUGGAAAAGUCACUGGACUACGGGCGGACCUGGCAGCCGUACCAGUUCUACGCCACCGACUGCCUGGAUGCCUUCACCAUGGAGCCCAAGACGGUGCAGGACUUGACCCAGCACACAUUGCUGGACAUCAUCUGCACCGAGGAGUACUCGCGAGGUUACGUGUGGAAGUACGAUAAAACGGUUCGCUUUGAGAUCAAGGACCGCUUUGCGCUGUUCGCCGGCCCGCGGCUCCACAACAUGGCGUCGCUUUACGGCCAGCUGGACACCACCAAGAACCUGAGGGACUUUUUCACCAUCACGGACUUGAGGAUCCGACUGCUGCGGCCUGCCACCGGAGCUACCAUGGUGGACGAGAACAACCUCUCCAGAUACUUCUAUGCCAUUUCUGAUAUCAAGGUCCAGGGCAGGUGCAAGUGCAACCUUCACGCCAACAGCUGCGUGUUCGACAAAGAGAAGCUGAGCUGCGAGUGUGAACACAACACCACCGGGCCCGACUGCGGCCGCUGCAAGCGGAACUACCAGGGCCGAGCCUGGAGCGCCGGCUCCUACCUGCCUAUCCCCAAAGGCACCGCAAAUAUAUGUAUCCCUAAUAACAUUGGUCCAGUUAACUGCGAAUGCUUCGGCCACUCCAACCGAUGCAGCUACAUCGAGCUGCUAAACACCGUCAUUUGCGUGAGCUGUAAGCACAACACUAGGGGGCAGCACUGCCAGCUAUGCAAGCUGGGCUACUAUCGCAAUGCUUCGGCCGGACUGGACGAUGAAAAUGUGUGCAUAGAGUGUAAUUGUAAUCCCGUCGGCUCAGUCAGUGAUCGCUGUAAUGGGACGGGAUAUUGUAUAUGUAAGGAGGGCACCACAGGGCCUAAGUGUCGCCAGUGUCUGCCCGGCUAUUUGUGGGACGAUGGCUGCAAAUCCCGGGUGUGCGACAACGAGCUCAUGCGCUGCCAAAACGGAGGUGUGUGCGUCAACAACGUGCGCUGCAGCUGCCCCUCGGCCUACGCGGGUCUGCUGUGCGAGAAGCGGCGCUGCGAGACGGAGCUGGGGGGCUGCCGGGGCGACAAUUCGGGCCAGGGCGCCUUGAGGCCUCCGUUCUCCAUCGGGCUGCUGCUGCUGCUGCUGCUUUGUCUUUGGGGCUCAGCGCUGCUCUAGAGACCCCCCCCCCUUGACCCCCUAGUCACACACACACACACACACACACAGGCAUCCCACCCCUCUUUUAAAUAAUCAAGCAUUCACCCGAAACAAUCAUGAGCUUCGUGGACGAUAGCAGCUUCUGAGCAGCCUCGAUGAACACUGAUGUGAAAAGGAAUGUGCCACACAAAUGAGUGCAAAACCUUUUUAAUUUAAUAUCAAAGAAUAUAUAUAUAUAUAUAAAUAUAUAUAAAAUACCACAUAUAGAUAUUAAAAAUGAAGAAAAGUGCAAAGGACAAUGACGCCCCCCCCCAAUCACCCCCCACCCCGCCUUCGUCCUCCUGCUCCUUAAGCCAUACAGGUGCUUGAGCUCCUUCCACUCGGAGGGUACCACGGAAGACGACUUCCUCUCAUCGCCACGGCAACAACAACUGCAGCCAAUGGGCUCUCACGCAACCAGGCCUCCUUUGGGACGCCACUGUGAGUUUAAUGUUGGCUGGACUGUUGAGGAAGACAAAUCAAAGACAUAUUUCCCUGGGCUUCUCCGAUAUUAUGUACAUGGGAGACCACACGCACACACACACACGCACACACAUAAACACACACACACACACGCACACACAUAAACACACACACACGGGACAAGUUCUUUGCUGUCAGUGCAUUGUGGAUCGAAGGAAAUGUGUGCGGACUUUGUGACACACAAACUUUUCCUCUCCAAGCUCUCCGCCUUGAAGGUCACUCUCUAUCUCCACCCCCAGCCCCCGCCGACCCCCCCCCCCCCCCUCGCCAUGCUGCCACUGACCUGUGAUUUUGUGAAUGUUACUCUGUAAAAAAAAAAAACAACAACAACAAAAUAAAAACCCUUGUUGGUCGAAUGAUUGAUUUUUUUGUCCAAUGUUGGUGAUGCACAUGUGUACGAACCUUCCUCCCCGCCUCUCCCCCUCCAUUAUUUUCUAUUCAGAGCCACGCCCACCCCCAUCCUGGUGGCGGGAUACUUUUCACAGGACGGGUGGCUAGACAAGCAUCAGUGUAUUUACGACAACGCAAAACAAAACAAGUCAUGUAGUGCUUUUGUAUCUUUGCUGAACUGUCAUGGAGGAAAAAAAAGGCAACUUUAAAAUAUCUGUACUUCAUCCCAAAUGGAAAUUUUUUAAUCAUCUUUUCAGUUGUUGGGUCAUUUUCCUUUGUAUUGGCAACGUGCUGGCAUCAAAGAAUAUGAGUUGACAUCCAGUAAUGAAUAAACGUGUAUUUCAAUCCCACCAAAGGACAUUAUAAAUGUUAUGUUCUUGCUUUGACACUUGAAGAUUUAAGUGAAUAAAAAGCUGAAAAACAAA